GAGAUUAGCACUGGAGGAGGGGGAGAGACCGAGGGAGGUGUGUGCAAGAAGAUCUCAGUCGAGGUGAAUUUGUCCAGAGGACAUUUGGACGCAGAAUAAUAACGGCAACAAUAAAAACCAGAGAAACAAGAGGGACUUUUAUAAAUCAGAGCUGCAAUGCGAUUGGUCAGCGUGGCGGGGGCGCGGCUCCGCAGGGCAGCAGAGGAGGAGGAGGAGGAGAGGGAGGAGAGGGAGCGACCACCUCCUCCACCCCCCUCACACCACUCCAACCACCAGUUCACAAGCAUGAAGAACAAGUUCUUCAACGAACUCACGCACCUGCCAAAUCAUAAACUCAACUUGCCCAUGUGGGCAGUGGGAGCCAUCGUAGUUGUGGUCCUUGCCCUCGCCGGCUGCCUGUGUUUCUGCAUCUACAGGAAGUGUUUCAACAAGGGCAAGAAACCCAAGAAGGUCCGUGAGAGGAAGGGAGGCCGAGGGCGCAGAAAGAAGAAUGCAGAGGGAGAAGACGGGGACGAGAAGAAGGAAGGAGAGGACGGGAAGGAAGAUGAGGAGAAGGAGUCCCUGGGCAAACUGGAAUACACACUUGACUAUAACUUCACUGAUAACCAGGUAUACAUGAAAUCUUAAGAGCUGCAAUUGUAUAGUCAGUCAUCCAA